AUGCUCACCACACUGCCCCGUCUCCAAAUCCGGCGUCCCUCGCCCACAACCACCGAAUUCACCGUCACCACCCAACCACCAUCCACGGUCGCCCUGCGUCUCCUGCGCUUCCUCCUCCUCGUCCUGCGCAUCCUCCUCUCCAUCCUCACCAUCCUCCUCCUCGAAGCGCGCUGGUCCCUCUCGCCGUACUCCUCCCCCGCGCCCGCCCUGCCCCUCACCCUCCCGCACGAUCUCUUCACCGCCGACACGCUCCUCUGGGCUCUCGACGCCCUGCACCGCUCCUCCACGGGAACAUCCCUCCGCCACUUCUCCGCCUCGAUCCCGCUCGUCAUCCUCCUUCCCGGGGCUGCGCUCGCGCUGCGGACACUCUCGCGCCGGGUGUACGCCGAGGAGAGCUUGCUGGUCAUGCGCGGGCUGGGCGUGCAGACGCGCGAGAGCGCGCCGAGCUACUUUGCGAGCGCGGCGACGAGGUUCAUCCCCACGGAAAAGAUUCGCGAUAUACUGGUGAAUGAGGCGUUUCGGGGGUUCGAGGUCAGGUAUUAUCUGAUUGUGGUGGUCGAGGGCGAGGAGGACCUGGUGGUGGUGUUUCCGGGUCUGCUGCCGAGACGGCGCAUCGUGGAGGCGGUUUGGCGAGGCGCGAGGGAGUGUUUGUAUGAGAAAAGGGAUGAGAAGACGCCGAUUCUAUAA